AUGCGCGCAGAUAAGAAGGCUGACGGCCGCUCUCCCGGCGGCGGUCUCGACCUCCUGGCGCGUCGACCCUAUCCCCAUUAUCGGGACGGCCCUACUAUCUUCUCCUUUCAACAACAAUUUCUGAUGGAGGACUCAACUCUGCGGGAGCGCCGCAAGUCGGCUUCCACCGUGGGGACGGACUCGGUGGCCGCCACUCCCUCCAUCGACGAGAUCAUGGAUAAUCCUUUUGACGACUAUGACCACGAUGAAGAUUACCUGCCAGCGGACACCCCCGGCAGACUCUCGCGCAAUCCUUCUUUCUCAAACAGUGGUUCUUACCAGGAAGACUGGGACACGUUUCCUCCGCUCGAUAAGCUCACCAUCUUCGACUUGCUGGACAAUAUUCAACUGUCGCAGCGCUUUGAGAAAUGGCAAAAUGCAAUCACUCUGCAGCGGGAAAAGGUGCGCAAACAACGUGAGAAGCUGCGAUCGAGGGGUGCAAAUGCCAAGGAACGUGUGGUGGGUGAGUUCCGGCGUCGCGUGCCCACCGCCGAUGAGCAACUGGAGAAGUACCGGGGCCGCAUGAAGGAGGGCGUGGAGCGCCUGGGAAAGCAAUGGAACAAGACUGCUACGGUGACCCUGCGCGAGAAGAUCUCCUUCAUUGCUGGAGUGCUCAACAUCUUCAUCAGUGGCUACCUGAUGGGGUCCUAUCCACAGUUCUUCUACUACUGGUAUUCGGUACAGCUCGCCUACUUUAUGCCGAUUCGCUGGUACACCUAUCACGCCAAGGGAUAUCAUUAUUUCUUGGCCGAUCUGUGCUAUUUCGUGAACCUCCUCUGCAUGUUUUCGAUCUGGUUUUUCCCGGGGUCGAAGCGACUGUUCAUCAGCACCUAUUGUUUGACCUUUGGCAACAAUGCGGCGGCGAUUGCCAUGUGGCGGAACUCGUUGGUUUUUCACAGCAUGGACAAGGUGGUUAGCCUUUUUAUCCACAUCAUGCCGCCGGCCACACUCCACUGCAUUGUUCAUCUCACUCCAAUUGAGAUGCUCAAGGAGCGGUUCCCCGCAGUCUAUGCGAUCAAGUUCAGUCAGCCUGGAGAUCCCGAGCAUUAUUCUCUUGGCGCAAUGAUUGUGUGGGCGACCGUGCCGUACCUGGUGUGGCAGCUCACGUACCACUUUAUGAUCACCGUUCGACGUGCCGACAAGAUCGCCGCAGGACGUCCGACCAGCUUCACCUGGCUUCGCAAAUCGUACGCCAAGGCGUGGAUCGGCAAAUUCGUUCUGAGUCUCCCCGAGUCGCUGCAAGAACCGGCUUUCAUGUUGAUUCAAUACUCGUUCGCUCUAUCCACCAUGAUUCCAUGCCCCAUCUGGUUUUGGUCGCGAUGGGCGAGUGGACUCUACAUGUCUGCUCUCUUCAUCUGGAGUAUCCACAACGGUGCCACCUACUAUAUCGAUGUCUUUGGUAAGCGCUUCCAAAAGGAAUUGGAGCAAUUAAAGAAGGAUGUGGCGCGGUGGCAGAGUUCUCCCGACUAUGCCACCAGUCCGCUCAUACUGCCCGACUCUGAUACUCCAGCGAGUGGGGCCCUCGGUGCUCCUGCUCCCAUGGAGAAACGCGGCAGCAUUGAUCGCAUUCCGCUCUUGGAUUCCACGUCGGCCUCGGUGUCUACCGCUCACGACGCGCCCCAGACUGGAGAUCGCCCUGUCCGCGAGAAAUUCUAG